AAGACGGUUAGCGGUGAGAACAAAAGUAUGGAACAGCAGAUUAAUCAAGCGGUAGGAAUAGCGUUGAGUAGAGAUAGCGAGCCGGGAUUGAAGCAGCAGGCCAUAGAGUUCAUCAACCAAAUCAAGAGCACCAAAGACGGCUAUAAAUCAUGUGUCAAUAUCCUUCUCACUAAUGGAUCCGCUGUCAAUGAUGAGUUUAAGUUUUUCAUCUUCCAGGUAAUCGACGAGAACUUGUCUCUGCUCUCACAAGAAGAGCUGUACGAAAUUGAUCAGCAGUUGUUUCUGUACGUCAGCCAGUUAAUUUAUAGUAAGAAACAAGACAGUUCUUUCAUCAAAAACAAAACCACUGAGAUAUUGAGCAAAGUCUUCUGCAAGAAUUACAUGACCAUUAACCCUAACUUCCUCAAAAAUUGGCUCAGUUUUGUCAAAGACAACGAGAGCAGUGAGUUGGCUUAUGAUUAUUACCUCCGAUUAAUGAUCUCUAUCCAUGAAGAAAUCGGUGAUAAAUUAAUCAUGAGAAAUGACUUUUUGAACGAGAGAAACCUGUACAUUAAAGACAAGAUCAGAAUCGAUGACAUGCCUGCUUUGGUAGAAAGCUGGUAUAAGAUCUUGGAAAUCAGUUACACCAACUACAAUGAAACAAAUAUGAAUAAUUCUUUGAUAGUGAUUGGCCAAUAUGUCAACUGGAUGGAGAUUUCUUUGUUCAUCAACAAAAACUAUUUGGAGUUGUUUAAUUCUAUUUUGGUCAACAAAUUAUCAAACAAAGUGUGCUCCACUAUUGCAGAGAUCGUCUGCAAAAAGAUGAAGCCCGAAAAGAAGUUUGAGUUAUUGAGUUUGCUCAACUUGUCAAAUGUUAUUUCUAAUUUAGACAACUCUAAAUUAGACUUGGACUUUCUAGAAAACUUGGCUAAGUUGACCAACGCAGUGGCAUUAGAGAUGUGCUAUAUUAUAGAAAAUUCUGCGAAUUUGACUCAGGAUAUUUUGAAUCAUUUACUCAACUACUGGCAGCUCAUCUUCAACUUUUUGUCCAAUGACUACGAUGAGAUAUCCCUUCAAGUUUUUCCUUUCAUUCAAAACUACUUGACAUUGAGUAAGAAAACCCCCACGUUGGUCAUUAAGGAGUUAUACGAGAACUUGUUAGACAGGGUCAUCUUGAAAAUGAAGUUUGACAGUGAAUCAUUCGAUUUGGAAGAUGAAGAAGCGGUUGAAGAGUUCCAAGAGUUUAGAGGUAAAUUGAAAUUUUUUCAAGAAUCUAUUGCUGGAUUAUUACCAGACUUAUAUUUGAAUGCUUUGCCGAUAAUAAUCAAUAAAUUUGUCUUUGAAGAGACUAAUAACUCGAGCUGGGACAGCUUCGAGUUGGGAUUAUACGAGCUCACCAGUUUCAACGACUCCAUAAAAAAUAAUUUAAUCAACCAGCCAAAAAGUGAGAUAGCUACUUCCAAACCAAUGGGAAUCAUCUCCAAUUUUUUCUUCAAAUUAAUCAAUGAGUUGCCAAUCAACAAGUUCAAUCACGAGUUAAAUCAAUUGAGCUUGUUCGAAAUAAUUAUAAAAAUCUACCCCAAUUUGAACAACGAAUUGAGAUCAAACCUAGAGUUUAACCUGAAGAUUCUUGAGCUUUUUAUCAGCAAUAUUGGGAUUUUCAACCCGGCCGAUAAGGUCAAACUUAGAUGCUGGUACUUGUUUUUCAGAUUUGUCAAGACCAUAAAACCUCAUCUUUUAAGCGAUGAAGGGUUUUUGAGUCAGUUCAUAUUGAAUUUGAACAGUGAUUUACUUGUUAUUAAAGCUGAAUUACCCAAGAAGGACGAUGAACUGGAGUUAGUCGAGUCCUCUAACUUCAACAAUCAAUUGUAUUUGUUUGAGUCGAUUGGAUCGUUAAUUUCUAUGUUUAAUAUUAGUGAAGAAAGUAAGUUGAAACUUGUGGAUAUGCUUUUACAACCAAUCUUCAAUGAUUUGGAGAACUUGCUUAAGUUCAAAGACAAACCUGAAGGGCAAGUACCAGAUCAAGAAACUCAACUUGUUCACUUACAAAUCCAUCACGACUUAAUGGCAAUAGGAACUUUUGCAAGAGGUUACCAUUUUGAACUGAAAAAUAAGUACUCUGUUAUAAUUGUUCAAAAGUUCUUGAACUGUUGUCAAAUCAUCAUCAUUAUUUUACAAAGCUUUGACAAGAUCUUGAUGGUUCGUGAAAGUUCUAGGUUUGCAUUCGCAAGGUUUAUUCCAAUAUUGCAAGAUAACAUCAUCAAUGAGUUGAACAAAUUGGUCACCGUAAUUUUAUCAUCAAACAACUUGAAGACAUCUGAGUUGAUGGAGUUUGUUGCGUUUUUAAACCAAAUCAUUCAUUCUUAUAAAGAUAACGAGAACAUCUACAAUUUGUUGAACAAUUUACUUACUCCCUUACUCAACAAGGUUUUCGAAAUGAUUGACAGCUUGCAUUCAAUCACCAGCACAAACGAGUAUCCUGACUUGGUCAGAGACAAGAUUUCAUUGAAGAAGACUUUAUUAACGUUUGUCUCAACCGUCAUUACCAACCAUCAGACCAGCUUGUUGAUUACCGAAACCAACAAAUUAAUUCUUCCAACGUUGAUCGAUAAGAUAUUUGGCAUCUGUUACGAAUUAGACUUGGAUGAUCCAGUGUUGACCAGAUUGGCAAUCACCCAACUAAUCAAUAUGGCUACUGUUUUCCAGGAUGGUCAUAUCAAAGAUAAGAAUGACAAGUUUUCCUCUGUCAACAGCAUCGAAGGAAUUGAUAGUUACCUUAUCAGUAAUUCUACUAGAUUGGUUUUCGAGCUUCCUUUCAAGCUCAAAGAAUUGAAUGCCCAAAACAAAUACGUCCUCCAAGAGUUGUCUUUAUUAAUGAAGACAAUGCAAGCCGAAAAUAAUAACGAGGGUUUCAUCAACAGUCUCUUGUCUUUCUUGACAGAAAAUGGUAUCAGUGAAGAGAUUAAAGUUGGAUUUUGCAAGAACUUGGUCGAAUUAGAUGCCAAACAGUUCAAAAAAUACUUUAUUGCCUUCGUAACUGAAUUGAGACGAUGAACGCCCACCCCAUAUCACCCUUCCUGUAUUAUAUUAAAGCAUCCCACAAAUUAUUAUUAUUAAGUUACGACUACCAUAUUGAAGGACCUGGUUCCAAGCAUUUUUGGACAUCCUCUGGUCUUUUGCAUGUACAAUUAUCUGUAAAUACCAAAUAUACGAUUGUUCAUGAUUAGCCUCUAAC